CGCAACGAAACGGUAACGACAUUCCUUCGGCAGCUUGAGUACUGUAAGGAUAUCUUGUUCCUUACAAAGGACCGAGUAUCAGAAAUUGACAAGACAGUAGCUUCCGGCAUCGAUCUCAAGCUGACCUACAGUCCACUGAGCAGAGAAAGUUAG